AUGUCGACUGGGCGCAAGGUCUUUCAUUGCGCCGUGGACGAGACGGCUCUGACUACCAACAUUAGCGAGAUCAAGAAAUGGACCACCAGCGGUGCGAUCGAUCUCAUUGUCCCUCUUUACACUCUUGAGCGCCUGCAUGCCUUGAAACGUGCGGGAUCGCAAGUCGCCAUUAACGCUCGCGAGGCCGUCCGCUUUCUUGAUCGAGUCACCUCCGGAAAAGACCAUAUUACCGCCGAUCUAGUCGCAUUACAGGGCCCGAUGGAACAGUAUGAGCACUGGGAGGAUGCAGAGAAAUUCUUCCUUCCGGAAUUCGAAGAGGAACCCGAGGUCAUCGACGGUAACGACAUUGCGGCUGACGCUGACGCUUCUGAGCCUACCUCUGAGGAGCAGGAGACCACUGGUGCUUCUGGACGGGAUGAUUUAUCGCAAAUGCUGCUGAGCAAAUUGAACUUCAAGAAAGAUGCCGACGCCACCUCCAUCACCUCUGCUGGUUCCGGGCCAGCCUCGCGCACCUCUUCCCGCAGUUCGCGCACCAGCCCCGAAUGUGCCCAACACGAGAAUGGCUCGACAAAGCCCGAGAAAGCGAAGAAUGGUCACCAACGGACCGCAUCUGGGUCUACUAUACCGGUCGCUCCGCCCGCUUUGCGCCCGCUGCUCAGUGCCCUUCUAUGGCGACUGCACAGUGGUUCCGAUGCAGAGAAUUCCGCUAAAGGCUGUAUUCUCGUUUCCAAUGAUCGUGCGACUCAGGUAUGGGCUCAGAAGUUUGGUAUCGGCGUGAAAAAUAUUCUCCAGCUGCGCACUGCAAUUCAAUACGAAGAGCGCGAGUACAAAAACCGUUGCAAAUAUGUCGAGAAGACCCAAACCCAGACCCAGACACCCGAGCCGAAAACCCUCCUCUCGUAUGAGGAGGAUAGCGACGAAGAUGAAUUGGUUUUUGUUCCCCGCGGUCGCGGUAGCGGCAAGGCUUCUCGCGGUGCUCGUGGUGGAGGGUCUCGUAAAGCCGUCGCAAAGACCACCCCGCCUGCUCCUGAACCUAAAGCCGCUACCGUUGAUGUCCCCACUCAACCCAUUGACCCGAAUUCAUUCAGUCGAUCGCUAGCUGGAGGUAGCAAGACACCAGCCACCGUGGAUUUAAGCACUCAGCAGGGCGCCGCUCGCGGUAUGCCGGGCGCCUCGCGUCGCGCUCCCAGUGGCCGCCGCGGCGGAUCCAGUCGCGGGGCUCCACGAGGCAAUGGGCGAGGCCGAGGCAAACUUUGGGUUCCUUGA